AUGCGAGCCGCUGUUCGUCAGAAAUCCGUUGGUUUCCCCAGUGAAACUGAGUCUCACCUGGUUGAAAUGGCAGCACAACAAAGACCGUUUGUAAAUGAUCAAAACGCCACUGUUAUUACUCUGAAAUUAAAAACCGAUGAUCCAUCUUAUGCCUGUGCUACAAGACCAGAGUUGAAAGAAACUUCAGCCCUGUUCAAUGAGGACAUGUCAGCGUUUUCGAAUGUAGAAGGCAGGCACUUAGCAGCUACAACGAUAUUCAAGAGAGGAUUUCAAAAUUUUCUAUUUUCUGUGAUGGAGGCUCGUUAG